AUUGAAGUAUGCGCUGCUGCUGCUACUCUGAGAUAGGCUGAUAUAUAUAUCCCAAUGUCUGUCAAUUGCUCUCACGAAAUCCUCUGAACAUUGUGGAUACGAUACUUUGUGCCCUAAUUCUCGGGUCCUCUCCGAGUCCGGCAUUUCAUGCAGAUGGUUUUGGGGUAAUUCAUCAUGACUGUUUACUUACCCGUGGGUUCGCGUGCCAACUCUCGGCCGUUCUCAAGAAUGCUCUCUUAAGGAUCAGAAUUCCCGCACCUGCACCCCUAUAUAAAGACGUUAGACGUUUUCUCCCAUGAUUUAGUCGUUCAAAAUGCCUGUCCCCGUCGCGCGCCACUCUGAAGUCGAUGUUCUCGUUGUUGGGGCUGGCCCCGCUGGGCUCAUGUGUGCGAAUGCGCUGGCAAAUGCGAGAGUAAACGUACGGGUCGUUGAUAAAAGGGCUGCUAGAGUCACCACCGGUCAAGCUGAUGGGCUUUCACCUCGAACUAUUGAAGUCUUUCAGAGUUAUGGACUUGCAGAGCGACUUAUAAGGGAAUCUGUUCAAGUUCAUUUAGCAGCCUUCUACAACCCUUCCUCGUCCGGCGGCAUCGAGCUUACAAGCCGAGCACCAGAUGUGACAGCUCCGUCUGCAAGAUACCCAUUCGAGGUUGCACUCCAUCAAGGAGCCAUUGAAUCUAUUUUCUUAGAUUCCAUGAGGGCCCUCGGUGUCGAGGUUGAACUAUCAACGUCACCCACUUCGAUAGAGAUCUCCAAAGACGAAAAUGAGUUGACGGAUCCUGCAUCAUAUCCAGUGCGCGUUGUGCUCCAAAAAGACACACCCGAGGGUGAACCACAAGAAGAGAUUGUCCAUGCUAAAUAUGUUGUCGGAACUGAUGGCGCUCACUCGUGGGUUCGUAAACACUUCGAUAUUUCGAUGGAUGGAGAACAGUCUGAAUACAUCUGGGGUGUCUUGGACAUGGUACCUGACACUGACUUCCCGGACGUUAGGAAUAAGAGCCUUGUACAUUCCAACCAUGGCUCAGUUCUUCUUAUACCUCGAGAAAAAGAUCGCCUUCGCGUAUACAUGCAACUAGAGGACAAAGAUAUCAUAAAUCCAGCGACAGGUAGAGUAGAUAAAGAGAGAAUGGGUCCAGAUCAGAUGCUCGAAGUUGCUCGAAAAUCGAUUCAGCCUUACAAGCUUACCCCGACAACUGGGAUUUUGUGGUGGACACUAUAUAUCAUUGGGCAACGAGUGGCCUCUACUUUUUCCAUCAAAAAUCGAGUACUUAUCGCCGGUGAUGCUUGCCACACACACUCUCCGAAAGCAGGACAGGGAAUGAACGCAAGUAUGAACGAUGCCCACAACCUAGCUUGGAAAAUUGCCCUAGUUGUUCGCGGUUGGGCAGACACAUCCCUUUUAUCAACGUACGAAUCAGAGCGCCGUAAAUUCGCAUUGGACCUGAUCGCAUUUGAUAAAAUGUUUUCCACCCUUUUUUCUGGGAAGCCCUUGACUGAAGAAAACAGCGAUGGGGUUGCGCAUGAACAUUUCAUGAAGACAUUCCAAACGUUCGGAGGAUUCACCAGUGGCAUUGGGGUACAUUAUGGCCCUUCGGUUGCAGUUCUUGAGAAAAACCAGGAGCUGGCUAGUGGUCUCGUGAUUGGUGAACGAUUCCCUCCAUACAAAUUCAUCCGUGCCGCAGACGCAUGGCCCUUCGAUAUCCAGGACCUUCUUCCUUCGGACUUCCGCUUCAAAGUGAUCGUUUUUGCUGGUGACUACAGUGAUCCACUUCAGCACGCGAGGGUUGAGUCAAUGGUUGCGGACAUGCAGAAACCCGAGAGCUUCCUGAACCGUUAUGCAGCACCUGGCGAGAGCUCUGCGAACCCGCGAUUUGACAUCAUCACGAUCGGCAAAGGCCGGAAGGAAGGAUUUGAGUUCUUGAAGUUCCCUACACUUCUUCGCUCUCACUGGUCGAAGGUGUUUAUCGAUGACACUGAUGUCACUGGUAGCUUUGGUGGACAAGGUUACUCAUAUUACGGAGUGGGCCCUGAGGGUGUACUGGCUGUGGUUCGCCCUGAUGGCUAUAUUGGAACCAUCGCGCCCCUGGAUCAUGUUGACGAGCUUAACGCGUAUUUCGCGUCUUUCAUGAAGAUUCCUGCUUAAUUUUAACGAUAUAUCUUCUUUACAUUUUGCUUAUUAUCUCCUAGGAUCUUUCAAGGCAGUCUUGUAUCAUAGAGUCGACGUAUCAGAUGCAUUAAAAACAAACAAACGAUGCAUUGCUGCA